AUGAAUAACCAGAACAAGGGGCUGAGAAUGAAGAGGAAGUGCAGGUUCAAUGUGGACAGGGGCGAACGCCCAACCAAAAAACGGUCCAGCCAGCAGGCCAUAACCAAAAUGGUUUCCUUGGUGCUCCCUUGUCCUCAAUUGACACAGAGCACUCUCCAGAAACUGCAGAUUGAGAGUGAGGCUGACCCUGACUGGCCCACUCCUAUGGAGACCAGGGCAAUUUCAAAGAUGCCAAGGAAAAAGGGCCUACCAACCCCCAAGAUGGAGGACAAGGGAACCCAAUGCGACAUGGGAUCAAAGAGGAAAAGGAUGACUUUUUUCCAAGAUCUGGAUUCAGACGACCUUAGGACUGCUAAGAAGAUCAAGGUCACCAUGGCAUCCGGGUCAUACAGCUCCUUUGGCUCCUCCACAUCAACAGACGCAUCCACCAGCAGCGAGAGAACCGACUCUAAAGGUUCAGAAGUCUGUGAUAAACACAAGACCAAAGUCCGGCGCAACCCACCACGCAGAGCCAGUUUCACCUCGCUCUAUAACGUGGGCAAGUUGCUGGGACAAGGAGGCUGUGGGUCCGUCUAUGAGGGAACACGAAAGGAAGAUGGGAGAGAAGUCGCCAUUAAGUACAUCCCUAAGGGUGUAUCGGAGUACUACCUCACAAUCCCUGGAACAACGCACAGGCUGCCCCUGGAGGUCGCCCUGAUGCAGAUCGUGUCGCGGCCCCCUGUCUGUGAACACGUGCUGGAGCUGGUGGAUUGGUUCGAGCAGCCCAGGAAGUUCAUCCUGGUCCUGGAGCGUCCCACCUCGUGCAUGGACCUGUACGACUACUGUGAGACGAUGGGUGGGAAGCUCAACGAGGCCAUGGCCAGGGUCAUCAUGCUCCAGGUGGUUCUGGCGGUACGGCACUGCCGCGACCGCGGCGUCAUCCACCGCGACAUCAAAGUGGAGAACCUGCUGGUGCAGACGGACACUCUCAACGUCAAGCUCAUCGACUUCGGCUGCGGGGAUCUGCUGAGGGAGAAACUCUUCAGGGACUUUGCUGGCACUACAGAGUUCUCCCCCCCUGAGUGGGUUCUGGAUGGAAAGUACCAGGGGCGCAAAGCCACCAUCUGGUCCCUGGGUGUGCUUCUGUUUGGCCUGGUCAACGGUGACCUGCCCUUCAGGAAGGAGGCCGAAAUCAUCCGAGGACGCCUGCGCUUCAAGAGAGGGAUCUCCAAAGAAUGCAGAGACCUGGUCCGCUGGUGCCUCAAGCAAGACCCUCUGAAGAGGCCCGUUCUGGAGCAGAUCCUCCUGCACGACUGGCUGUCGGACCGGGCUCGCCCCUAA